CUGUGGUAGUCAGACAUGUCAUGUUCUCGCUGCGCUGUCUCUUUUUGUUGCUGUUUCACCAUCUUUGUUGCAGGUAUUAUUGCAUUAAUCGUGUGGUCAGCUAUUAGCGGGUAUAGACUGCCCGCUUGCUCCGUCGAAGAUUUCUAUGUGCCGUACCUUAAUGUGACCGAUAACUCCACCUCUGUCCGAACCAAUCACACUCUUUACUUCGAUCUCAGGCUCAAAAACAGAGAGCCCUUAGUGGGGGUGAGCUAUGAUGAUGUUAAAGUCACCUUCUUUUAUGGUCAAAAUAGUAGCCUGAGUACUCCCAUUGGAAACUAUAGUUUUCCCAAGUUCUACCAGGGUCACGGCAAAAAAGCUCGCCGGAAGGCGCUGGUGGAGACUUACGGAGUGCCGUGGGAGGCAGCUUCUGCCAACGUCUCGAACGGGUCAACGGUGACUUUCCGAGUUGGGCUGUCCACUCGGGCGACAUACGAAUCUUGUUCCGAUGACGGUGGUUGUUCUUAUCAUACGUAUGCACUGGUCCAAGGGGCAGAUAUUGACGUUGAUGGGUCUGGUCGGAAAGUCGACAAGCAGGGCAUUCGGCUCCAGUCCGCUGCGGCUGCGCCACAGCAUACGUGCCGUCCAGUGUUUCUUGGGCUUCCGGUUGUGCUUUAUUUUUUAGUUUUAUACGUGUGAAUAAUUGAAUAUAAAUGGAACUGCUUCAGCUACACCCGCGUCUUAAGACCAGCUUUCACUUGUGGGUGUAUGUGUAAAUGUUUUCAAAUAAUGUAUUGAGGAGUUUAGGUAUAUAGGUGCGUGCUUGUAACCCUUAAUUCGUGGGAAAUUGUUAACUUCUAAAUUAAGGUUUGUGUGUAUUUACUUGUGUAAGAAAUUUUAUUUUAUUUUUUAAAGAUAAA